CCCGGCAGUCACAGCACCUUGGGCGUCUCUCCUCUCCAGCCUUCUCUCUUCGUGUCUCCCCGCCACCUGCUGCCGCCACCAUGACCACCACCAUCCGCCACUUCUCCUCCGGCUCCAUCAAGGGUGCCUCCGGCCUGGCGGGCGGCUCGUCCCGCUCCUGCCGGGUGUCUGGCAGCCUGGGCGGUGGCUCCUGCAGGCUGGGGUCUGCCGGCGGCCUGGGCAGUGGCCUUGGAGGCAGCAGCUAUUCUAGCUGCUACAGCUUUAGCUCUGGCGGUGGCUAUGGCAGCGGUGGUUAUGUCAGCGGUGGCUAUGGUGGUGGCUUUGGAGGUGUCGACGGGCUGCUGGUGGGAGGUGAGAAAGCCACCAUGCAGAACCUCAACGACCGCCUGGCCUCCUACCUGGACAAGGUGCGCGCCCUGGAGGAGGCCAACACGGAGCUGGAGCUGAAGAUCCGUGAUUGGUACCAGAAGCAGGCCCCGGGGCCGGCUCCUGACUACAGCUCCUACUUCAAGACCAUCGAGGAUCUGCGGAACAAGAUCCUCACGGCCACCGUGGACAAUGCCAACAUCCUGCUUCAGAUUGACAAUGCCCGCCUGGCUGCUGAUGACUUCCGCACCAAGUUUGAGACAGAGCAGGCCCUGCGUGUGAGCGUGGAGGCCGACACCAACGGCCUGCGCAGGGUCCUGGAUGAGCUGACCCUGGCCAGAGCGGACUUGGAGAUGCAGAUCGAGAACCUCAAGGAGGAGCUGGCCUACCUCCGCAAGAAUCACGAGGAGGAGAUGAAAGCCCUGCGAGGCCAGGUGGGUGGCGAGAUCAACGUGGAGAUGGACGCCGCCCCCGGCGUGGACCUGAGCCGCAUCCUGAACGAGAUGCGCGACCAGUACGAGAAGAUGGCGGAGAAGAACCGCAAGGAUGCCGAGGACUGGUUCUUCAGCAAGACAGAAGAGCUGAACCGCGAGGUGGCCACCAACAGCGAGCUGGUGCAGAGUGGCAAGAGCGAGAUCUCGGAGCUCCGGCGCACCUUGCAGGCCCUGGAGAUCGAACUGCAGUCCCAGCUCAGCAUGAAAGCAUCCCUGGAGGGUAGCCUGGCCGAGACAGAGAACCGCUACUGCGUGCAGCUGUCCCAGAUCCAGGGGCUGAUCGGCAGCGUGGAGGAGCAGCUGGCUCAGCUGCGCUGUGAGAUGGAGCAGCAGAACCAGGAGUACAAGAUCCUGCUGGACGUGAAGACCCGGCUGGAGCAGGAGAUCGCCACCUACCGCCGCCUGCUGGAGGGCGAGGACGCCCAUCUGACCCAGUACAAGACCAAAGAACCCGUGACCACCCGCCAGGUGCGCACCAUUGUGGAGGAGGUGCAGGACGGCAGGGUCAUCUCCAGCCGCGAGCAGGUCCACCAGACCACCCACUGAGGGCUCUCUCCCCCACCAGCCCCCUGGGGCUCCCCACUGGCUGCGCAGCCUCCAGCCUCCCCAGCCUUAGUCCCCCAGCUUCAGUCC